GUUUUCUUGGCGUCCCCAUAACCAAAAGUCGUUGAAUUCGACUUCCUCCCCCUCUUCCGUUACCUGAGCUCCCUCUCUACCGGAGGUCAUAGCUCAGCAGCUCCGAUUUUGAACCCCCCCGACCACCCCCAAAAUUUUCACCGAUUUCUGUACUAAGCCGUCCUUCUGUAGUCAAACUUUUCAAUUCAAUCUUUCUGGUUCCGAUCAAUCUCUGAUCGCUUCCAUUUCGAUGGCAUUUCUUGGUUUGUUCUAGGCCUUUUGAUACCCCCUCCGUCACUCUCCGACCCCACUAUUUUCCACAUAUUAUUCCGUUUAUUGCAAUUCGUACUUAUGGCGAUCCGCUUCACCGUCACCUACUCCGGCUACUUGGCCCAAAAUCUGGCCGCCUGUGCCACCUCCAAGGCCUCUACCGCUAACUGCCGCUUCUUACAUGAAUGCGCCGCGUCCCGGUCCCUCUUCAAAACCGAACGCAAUUACCCCUCCGAUUUCCGGCCACGGCCGCCCAAGCCCAAGACCACCGCCUGCUCCUCCUCCGCCUAUUCAAUGUAUUCAACUCUCGCUGCUGAAAUCUUCGGAGGAAAAUCUCAAAGCCCUUUGGUAGUCGCCUUAAUUUCGCUCAUGAAUCCAACCUCCUCUUCGUCUUCCUCAUCGUCGACCGUUUCUUCUUCUACGGGUGUUUUUGGGAUUUCGCCGGUUAAGCCGGCGUCCAUCAUCCCCUUCUUACAGGCGUCUAAGUGGUUGCCCUGUAGCCAGCCCAGUAUUGGGAAGGCGGGGAGUCUGGUAGAUAAAGGGGGAACUGCUGCUACGGCGGACAAGUCUAGUAACACCAAGAAGCAAGGGCCUGUUGUGGAGAAGAGUACUGUUGCUGCUGUGGCGGCUGCUUCAUCAGAGGCUAUGUCCGAGGAUUUAAAGCUUUCUAGAAGCAGUUGGUUGUCGAAAUUGUUAAAUGUCUGUUCCGAUGAUGCUAAGGCUGCUUUUACUGCUUUGAGCGUUAGCAUUCUGUUCAGAUCAUCUUUAGCUGAGCCAAGAUCAAUUCCCUCGACUUCUAUGUACCCCACUCUUGACGUAGGCGACCGCAUUCUUGCUGAGAAGGUUUCGUAUGUUUUUAGGAAGCCUGAAGUUUCAGAUAUUGUGAUUUUUAAAGCACCUCCAAUUCUUCAAGAAAUUGGUUAUAGUUCUGGUGAUGUCUUCAUUAAGAGAGUUGUCGCUAAGGCUGGAGACUAUGUGGAGGUUCGUGAUGGCAAAUUGCUGGUAAAUGGGGUAGCUCAAGAUGAGGAUUUCAUCUUAGAACCAGUGGCAUAUGAGAUGGAUCCGGUGCUUGUCCCUGAGGGGUAUGUCUUUGUCAUGGGGGAUAACCGCAACAACAGUUUCGACUCGCACAACUGGGGCCCCCUUCCAAUUCAAAACAUUGUUGGUAGAUCAGUGUUUCGAUAUUGGCCUCCGUCCAAAGUUUCUGACACUCUAUGUGACUCGUCUCUGACUACGACUGCUGUUGCAUUUUCUUCGAAACUGUGCAAUUUCUCCAAAAUAUAUAUUCUCUCCAGACUCCACCCGGAGAGCUUGCCGACCAAAGCCCCGUCGUUUCAAGCCCUUCCCGGUCAGUUUCCAUCACCGAACCUUCAAAGCCCCAUUCCAAGGCCCCUCACGGAUUCAUCCAGUCCUGCUCAUCAUCCAUCAAAGAAAACAAUAAUGUCCAUAAAUUCCCAAUCCCAAUCCCAUCCACCUCUCUUCUCAAAUCUCCAUUUUAUGACAGUUGUAUUAGUAUUACUGCUACUAUUAACUUCACUAACUCCCUCAGCUGGUUCUCCAUCGAUACCACCAUCCUUCAACCUCUCCCAUUAUUUUCUUUUUCCCACCUCUAACGACGUCGUUAACAACCGCCAACACCAUCACCGCUCCCACUCCCAACCCAAUUCUUCCCCCUUCUUAAAGGAUGUGUUGACGGAAAUUGGAGCGAGGGAGAAGUGGGAUUUGCAAGAAUUUAGCGUUUCAAAGUUGGAUGUGAAGAAAGCAAAGCUCGGGGACUUGCAACGGUACGAGUUUCGGGUACGAUUUGGUAAAAGCGAAUUUGUGUUCAAGCUGUUGGAUCAAGUUUCCCGGUGGAAGAGAUUUGAACAACUGGAAAACGAAUUGGGUUUUGAAGAUUUGGUUAGUAAAAUUACCUCCAAGGCUGCUGUGCUCGGUACUCUCAAAAUUCAAGGCCCUUUUCACUUGCGUCUCGCCGGAGAUCAUCACCUCAAACUCUUUUUGCCGCUCAAGAACUCGUUUUCUGGUCUGAAAGACAUUCUCGUCGGUGAAGGCAUUACUGUGGAAAUCACAGGUGCUGAAGAAGUCUCUCUCUUUCACCCAACAAGUGCUUCAAGUAGUUUAGGGAGAACUGACUCUCGAUACUUCUGGCCUUCAUUAUGCAUGGCAUGGCCUCCUAUACGUGUGGUAGGUUCUGCUACAGUUGUAGCUUACAGGAAUGGAAACCGUGAGGCAUUCAUCAAAACUGUUCUCUUGUCUAACAGAACUGUUGAGCUGUUGCCAGAGAAGUGUUAUGAACGGCGCAUGUUCCAAAUGUGGGACAGAGAUUCUCACAUCAGUUCUCUUAGCACGAGGAUUGCUUUGCUAGAAAGAGUUCUGCAGACUUUUCUUGUACAUAAAACCAAUAAAAAUGUGAGCGUAGGUUUUGCAAAAGUAAAAAUUACUGCAUCAUCAGUAUUCCGCUUCCAGCUGGAAUUGGAAAGAGUUAUUCAAAGCAACGAUCCUUACUGGAGUACAUUGGCUGAGUGGCGUACCAAGCCUACUGUUGAACGUGCAUGGUUUGAGGUGGUGGGGAGGCUCGACAGAGAGGUUCUGAAGCCCUUAACUGUUAAGAAGAUCAGACCAUUUAUUGAUGCAGACUCAAAGGCUUGGAGUAAUUUGAUGUCAAAUGUUUCGUUCACGAAGUUCCCAUCCAUCCUGGUACCUCAAGAGGCUCUCACCUUGGAUGUGAAAUGGUAGGGAAAAUGGAUUUUUGUUUCUUUGCAACAUUCACUACUCAAAAUUUGAUGUCACGUGGGAUAUCAUUCUCCUAUGACCCUAUUUUCAGUUUAACACAUUACAAGAUUUGUACAGAUUGACACAUGAUAUAGUUUUGUAAAGUGAUAUGAAUGAGAGAAAGCUUGCUGAAGAUGUGGUACACUUUUUUUCUU